AUGGUAAUGCGACGGAAGUCGGUACAAUAUGGUGAUCUCGAUCUCGACCGCAUCAUUCGCACCCUUACACAGGUGAAACCAUGGCAAAAAUCUCUCGACAUCUCGGAGAGCGAUAUCCGGAUGGUGUGCGUGUUGGCGCGGCAAAUCUUUCUGCAUCAACCGAUGUUGCUCGAGCUGGAGCCGCCCUUGAAAAUUGCGGGCGAUAUCCAUGGUCAAUUCUCCGAUCUCCUCCGCCUAUUCAACCUUUCCGGAUUCCCCCCAGAAUCAAAUUACCUAUUCCUUGGCGACUAUGUCGACCGAGGACCCAAAAGUAUCGAGACAAUCCUCCUCCUCCUCUGCUACAAAAUCAAAUACCCCAAUAACUUCUUCCUACUCCGCGGCAACCACGAAGUCGCAAAUCUCAAUCGAAUCUACGGGUUUUACGACGAAUGCAAGCGUCGCUACAGUGUGAAGCUUUGGAAAACGUUCCAGGAUGUAUUCAAUUGUAUGCCGGUGGCUGCUUUAAUUGACAAUAAGAUUUUCUGCUGCCACGGAGGUUUGAGCCCGAAUUUGCGCAGUUUGGAUCAGUUGAAGCGGGUGGCACGGCCGUGCGAUAUUCAGGAAACUGGGUUACUAUGCGACAUUCUCUGGUCAGACCCGGAUAAUUCGGUUGUCGGCUGGGCUCCAAAUGAGCGAGGAGUAUCCUACGUUUUUGGUGCCGAUGUUUUAACCCAGUUUCUACAAAAGAUGGAUCUGGAUAUUGUGGUCAGAGGCCAUCAAGUUGUCGAAGACGGGUACGAAUUCUUUGGUCGUCGCGGCCUUGUCACAAUCUUUUCUGCCCCGAACUAUUGCGGAGAAUUUGACAACGCUGGAGCUGUGAUGAACGUUGAUGAAAACCUGCUUUGUUCCUUCCAGAUUUUGAAACCGAUGGAGCAUCCCCUACAAAAAACGACAGCCAUCGGCGGGCUUGUCAACCUCGUCAAUAUCAAGCUGGCUUCAGAAAAUGGCACCAAGACACCAAAGCGAUAUCGUCGCGGAAUGCUC